UUGAUGACAUGAAUCAAGUUCGAUUAAAUGAGCCUGAUAAACACGAAGAAUGGUUUUUUACCAAUAAAUUUUACGAAUAUUCUUUAACACCAAGUAUAGAAUUUUUUAAACAAAGGAUUCUUGAGAGUGUGAUAUCAUAUUACAUUGUUGUUUCAGGGGCUACUUGUGUUGGUAAAUCUACAGUAAUUAAACAAAUAGGAAAAUAUAUAGAGAAUAAAGAAUUUGAAGAAUGUCUUGUAAAUGAAUCAAUAUUAAAAGGAGAUGAAUAUUUAUUAAAAUUAAAAGAGGAAAAUAUUAGAGCUUUUGAAUAUGGAUUGUUAAACAGGUAUCAUAAUCGUCAUAUUGAAUUAGCAAAAGAAAUUAAUUUCAAACAAUUUGUAAUUGUUGAUAGAAAAAUUUUUGAUGGGGAUAUUUAUAAACGAGUUUAUGGGUUUGAUGAGGAGGUUAUUAUAAAAGAACAAAGGCCAAGAUUGAUCAAUACUCAAAUGUUGGUAUUUUUUAUUACAUGCUCAGACAAGAAAUUAAAGCAUAAUUUCAAUUCACGUAGAAAAAAUGUGUUUAUAUUAAAUCAAACUAAAAAGAUUAGAAAAUAUUAUGAAGAUGAUUUUUUAAAAGUUUAUCCUGAUGCUAUAUUAAUUGAAAAUAAUAGCAAAAUUGAAGAUAUGGUUGAUGAAAUUAUUAAUCAUAUUGAUCUAUUUUUAGUGAAUUUCGAAAUUUAUUAA